UUUUGGUUACUUAUUGGAGUAUUUUCCCCCAAAACAUCGAACAUUUAACUGCGCGUGAGAGAAUAGCGGACAUAUUUUCAACACCAUGUUUCAGCCCACGCCAAAGAGAUGUUUCACUAUCGAGUCUUUAGUAGCAAAGGAUAAUAAUCCUCCUCCACUUCCAGCACUGCCUGCGUCCCGAGCAGAGGAGCCCACGCGACCCACGGCGGCGGCAGCGCUCAGCUAUGCCGGUGCCAGCCACGUGAGCCCGUAUUUGAACGGCUUCACAGCUGGAGCCAGAGGCGUUUACUCCAGCGCGGACCUUAUGUUCGCCGAGGCCAUGUCUCAUGCGCCCAGCUCAGCCGUGCCGGUUCAUCCAGUCGUGCCCGCACACCAUCCACCGCCACCGCCGCCGCAUCACGCGCUGUCCGCUCACCACGCGCUUACUUCCCCGCACGGGCCGCACGCAUUAUUUGCCAGCCAGCAACGGGAUCCAGCAACUUUUUACCCUUGGUUAAUACACAGAUACAGAUACUUGGGACACAGAUUUCAAGGAAACGAAACGAGUCCGGAGAGUUUCCUGUUGCACAACGCGCUCGCCAGGAAGCCCAAGCGGAUCCGCACAGCGUUCUCUCCGUCGCAGCUGUUGAGACUCGAACACGCCUUUGAAAAAAACCACUACGUCGUGGGAGCGGAGAGAAAGCAACUAGCGCACAGCCUCAGUCUCACAGAAACUCAGGUCAAAGUCUGGUUUCAGAACAGAAGGACGAAGUUCAAACGGCAGAAACUAGAGGAAGAAGGAUCAGACUCGCAGCAGAAAAAGAAAGGAACGCAUCAUAUAAACCGAUGGAGGCUGGCGACAAAACAGUCGAGUCCUGAGGAAAUUGACGUCACUUCGGACGAUUAAAUACGUUACAAAAGAGACACACGUGGCGUUUUUGAAGCCCGACGGACUCCUGAAGGAUGUCGUGGUCGUAGUGCGAGAGGAACGACACAUAUUAAGGACG